CCACAGAAACGAACACUGUUGCAUUGUGGGACAGAUGAUUGACGCGGCGGCCAUUUUCCCGCUGGACGCUGCUUCCCAUUGUGGAUACGAAGAAGAAAAUAGAGAGAAGCGAAACAUUUCUCACCACUUCUACUCACUUUUCCCCGAGGUGAUUAUUCGUAGUCAUGGCCCGUACCAAGCAGACUGCCCGUAAGUCCACUGGAGGCAAAGCCCCACGUAAACAGCUGGCCACAAAGGCUGCUCGCAAGAGCGCCCCUUCCACCGGCGGUGUGAAGAAGCCCCAUCGUUACAGGCCCGGUACUGUGGCUCUGCGUGAGAUCCGUCGUUAUCAGAAGUCCACUGAGCUGCUGAUCCGCAAGCUGCCCUUCCAGCGCCUGGUGAGAGAAAUCGCCCAGGACUUCAAGACCGAUCUGCGUUUCCAGAGCGCAGCCAUCGGAGCUCUGCAGGAGGCCAGCGAGGCCUACCUGGUGGGUCUGUUUGAGGACACCAACCUGUGCGCCAUCCACGCCAAGCGUGUCACCAUCAUGCCCAAAGACAUCCAGCUGGCACGCCGUAUCCGCGGGGAACGUGCUUAAUCACCCCCCCUCCCCGCUCCUCUUGGUCUUUCUCCUUCUCACCUCUUCCUGCCCUUCCUUCACCGGUCUGUCUCUCCGUCCCACCUCCCCUCACCCGCUCCCUUUCUCUCCCCCUCCCUGUGUUAGUAGUGUGUAGAGGAAAACUGAUUAUAUUAUGGAUAAAGUGUAUAGUCGUGUUUUUCUUAGUGCUCUCUGCAGCAGACUUCUAGGGUACUCUCUUUUUGUGCAUGUACCGACUCUUUGGUGAUGAGAUCUCCUCAAGCACACGUCUCAUAUUUUGCACUGUUUCUAAUCUGACUGUGGGGUUGAGGCUGAUUUGUGGAUCGAAUAAUGAGAAAUCAGAACAAUGCAAAUUUGGGAGGGACAGACAGGAGGAGAGGAUGGGUGUUUGUCUGCUGGGGGACUCUCGUCUCUUUCCUGCAGCAAGGUGCUAGAAGAACAUGCCCGGUCCUCUUCUCCUGCUUUCUAUCCUCCACCAGACUCCCUCCGAAGUGUGCAGAGACGAUACUGUUGGUCUCUUCUCACGACGGGCGAGGCUGGACUUUCUGUCCCUGUAUGUGUCUGCAUGAGAGCUGGCUCUGAUCACCACAGCAAAUUGUAUACAAUCCAUCAGCAUCUUUGGGAAAGUUGAUUUAUGAUUACCAUAUUGAUCAUCAUUUCAGUUUUGUUUUUCUUUCCUUCCAAGUCUCAUGCACAGGAUUUUUCUCUUUCAUUUCAAACCAUUUGUGAAUGACAUGGAGAUGGGGGGAUAAAUCAGAUUAAAACACCGACAGAGAACAAUAACAAAAAAUUAAAAAAAACAGAUUUGAACAGGUUUUUUCUACUGAAAUGUGAAGCUACUGACUCGUUUUGGCACCAAAGUUGGAUCCUCUUGUACGCACUCUUUUCCUAAUUAACAGAAGAGUCUAACCUCACCUGUUCUUGUGGCGUUCUAAUUGGUUUCAUCUAAUUAUUUCAAGCCAAAGCUCGAGAGCUCAAAUACGGUGUCAGAGAGACUUUUUUAAGCGGUGGCUCAUUUUUUAAAUACAGGACCUUUUUAUAACAAAGGUUCGUCUAGGUUUGUAAUGUUCUCCAAAACCAAAAGCUCUCACAGUGUGAAAAUGAUUUAUUUUUAAAAAACAAAACAGCUGAUUAAAAUGUGAAAAUGUAUUGUAAAUCAGUGUUACAUGACAGAUAAUGCAGGUCAUGUUUUCUGUAUACGUCCCCCCUUGUGCUUCAGUUUUUU